GGCGGCCAUGGCGGGCAGCUCGAGCCACAGGGAGCUCAGCCCGGCCUCGCUGCGGCGGCGGCUGCGGAGCGCGGAGGAGGCGCAGCAGCGGCAGGCGGGGCUGGUGCGGCAGCUGCAGGACGAGGUACUGCAAUACCAGACCUGGUGUCAAGAGUUGGAGCAGCAAGUGAAAGCUGCAGGGGGAUCCCUUCCAGGCAGGUGGGAGGCCACAGCAGACCACAGCCUGGAGAAAGCACUGCUUCAGGUGGAAGAGGAGCAGCAAAGGUGUGAGAAUCUGGCAGAAGUGAACACUCUCCUGCGGGAGCACCUCAAUAAAGCCAGUGAGGUUAAUUCUGCCCUCAAAGAAGAUGUUGGAAAACUGACGGUGGAUUGGAUGAGGGCCCGGGAGGAGCUGGAGUUGAAGGAGAGUGAAUGGCGCACUAAACAGGAGCUUUAUGACAGCUACUUAAGGGGGGAGCAUAGCCGUCUGCUCAGCCUGUGGCGGCAGGUGGUGACCUUCCGCCGCCACUUCCUGGAAAUGAAGACUGCCACGGACCGAGAUUUGUCAGAGCUGAAGGCAGAGCAAAUGAGGCUUUCUGGAUCUAUUAUUGUGAACUGCUCUCGCCUGAACUCCUGUGUGCACCUCAGGGAGUCCAUCCCUGUGGGUAAACCUGCUCUGAAGGAUCAGGCAGAGCAGCAAGUGGAACCAAAAAUAAACCAGACAGCUCAGGAAGUGAUAGCCUUACAAGUCAGGUGUGACAUGGAGAAGAAAGAGCUUCAGGACAGGGUGAUGGAGCUCUCAGCCUUGCUUGUGCAGUCUCAGAAGCAGAACGAGGAGAAGGAGAAGACCAUGAAAACACUUAACGACACAGUGGAGAUUCUAGAAUCAAGUUGGAUAGAGAAAGAAUUUGCAGCUUCAUUGAGUAACAGUGCCAAAGAAGAGAAUCUUUUCCUUCAAAAGCUCAUAAAAAAUAUCACUGAGAUGGUGCUAGACGACAGUGACAGCAUGGUCAGCAUUAUCUGCACUGGCAGUUCCCAGCAUGCAAACUCUGGGGACAUCUUCUCAGCUCCGAGAUCUGUUGAUGCAGGGCAUGCCUUUGGACUGGUUCUGGAAGCACUGGCAAGGAUGCGAGGGGCAGCACGGGCCCUGAGAGAAGAACUUUCUGCUAGGCAGGACUCAAACAAAUUCCUGCUGCAGCAACAGAGACAUCAGGAAGAGAAGUGCAGGGAGGUGCAGCAAAGGCUUGAGCAACUGGAGGAGAAAUGCAAGAAGUCCAGCAGCCACCAACAGCACCUUCAGUCUUUAGUAGAAACACUCAGAAGUGACUGUGCAAACCUCGAGAAAACUAGGAAAGAGCUACAGGAGCAGCUUGGAUUAAGGGAGCAAGAAGCCUCAUGUCUGCGUCAGAGUAACGCUGAGCUGCAGAUGAAGGAAGAGUCAGCCCAGGCAGAAAAGGCAGAGCAACAGGACAGGAUGGAGAGAGCAUGCCGUGAGCAGGAGCUCCUAGUGAAGGACUUGGCUGCACUUGAGGAAAAACACUCAUUACUGCAGAGCGAGUUGGUAGUCAAGAGACAGACACUGGAGAAAUUGCAGCUUCAGAAGGAUCUGCUGGAGCAAGAGAAGGAUGAGUUUGCCAUGGCUCUGGAGAAGGCACAGCGGUCAGUGGCAGAGCUGACAGGGGCUCAGAACAAGCUGAAUGCUGAAAGAGCUGAUCUGCAGGCUGCAGCAGAAAAGAUGAGCAGCAUCAAUGAAAGUCUUGCAUUGGACAAAGUGCAGCUGAACAAAUAUGUAUGGCAGCUGGAGCAAGAGAAGGAAGUUUUGUCUGCUAAAGUGGAUGAGAUGGAGAGAGAAAAGAUCUGUGAGCAGGAGAAGCUGAACUUCUUUGAAAGAGCAAACAAAGAGCUCUGUGCAGAGAAAGCCCGGCUAGAGCAGCUGCUGAAGGAAGCAGAGGAGCAACGGGAGGAGCUGUGGCUGGAGCUUAGUACACUGGGAGAGGAGAAAGCAGAAACCCAGGAGAAAUUCCAUCAGGUUUCCCAGGAGCAAGAAUCGUUGAGCAGGGCUCUGGAGCAGCUGCGCCAGGAAUCCUCUGACCAAGGGCAUGAACUGGCCCAGGCAUGCAGAGAGAAGGAGCUGCUGGGCCGGGAGAAGGCUGCCCUUGAGGGCCGACUGGCAGCCACAGAGCGCCACCAACAAGACCUUUCCAGGCAGCUGGCAGAAACCAGGUCAGCAAAGGAGAGCCUGGAAUCCAGGCUGUUUGCUGCUCAGCAGCAGAUAUCUCAGCUGGAGAUCUCCAGGAACCAUCUGGAGGCUCAAGUGUUCAUAGUCACACAGGCCAAGGAGGUGAUAGAAGGAGAAGUGAAAUGCCUGCAAGGUGAGCUGGAAGCAGAGAGAGCUCUCAGGAAGCAGGAGCAGGAAGACACAGCUCAACAGCUCCUGCAGGCACAGCAGCAGCAUCACGAAAGCCUCAGGCUUCAGGGAACUGCUCAGCAAGUGGAAAUAAAGAAGCUCCUGGAAGACCUGGCUUUUAAGCCUUCAGAGAGAGUUUUUCUGAAGUCAAAGCCCCCACUGCCUGAGUUUCCCAAGAAGGAUGUUGUGAGAGACCAUGUCAAAAGCCUGACUGAAGUCAAGGUGAACAAUAUCCACUGCUCUACCUUUGUCCACCCAGGAGCAGCCCUGUCCCUGAGGCUCUGUGCAUCCAUCUUCCAGAUCCGGGCCCUGCAGGACGCAGUGCUGCAGAUGGAGGCUUCCCAGGCAACUCGAGAGAAGCAGCUGCUGAAGGAGCUGGAGGAGUCUCGAGCAGGAGAACGCUGCUUGAGGGACUCUGUGCAUGUGCUGGAGGCUGAGGUGUCUGAGCUGCGUGUGAAGCUCCAGAGCUCUGAGAACAGAGCAGAGGCCUUGGCCACACAGUGUCAGGAGGCCAGUGGUGCCCACCAGGAAACUCAAUCCCAGCUGGACAAACUGCUCUUGGUUCUCCACCACAUGAUCAGGGACAGCAGAGAGCUGGUCACUUGGAGCUCAGAAGAGGGUCAUGUCAUGGGCCUAAUUGCUCCUCAGGCUGGGGAUGUCCCCACAGAGCUUACAGUGGACAGAGUGGCAGCAGCACUGCAAGACCUGCAGCAGCACUUGGAGCAUUCCCAGAAAGAUCUGAAUGAUGCAAGGAAGAAGAUACAGACCUUGGAGCUGGAGCUGGGCACAGCACAGGAUCAGAUGGAAAAUCUCAGAGCCAGCAAUCAGGAGCUGCAGAUACAGCUGGAAGAAAGUCAGGCAGCAAUGUUGAGGGCAGAACACCAGAAGACCUCUCUGGAAACUGCCUUGAAGGAAGAGGCCAUUGCCCUGAAGGAAGAGGCUGUGACUCUUCAUCAGGAGGUGGAAUCUCUACAGAGGAAACUGGAAAACCUGGAGAAGGAAAGGAAGGAUGUGCUGCCAAGUGCUGAUCCACACCAGCUGCAGGCAGAUAAAGAAAAACUAGAGCAUGAAAUAAAACUUCUGGAGGAAUCAGUCACAGUCUCUGAAAUGCAAGCAAAUACAGCAAUAGACAAGAAUCAUUCCCUUGAACAAGAACUCCAAACUGCUCUGUCCAUGUUAAAAAUUAAAAAUGAGGAAGUGCAAAACCAGGGGAAGAAAAUGGAGAUUCUUCAGAAAGAGGCAGCAGAGACCAAAGCUUUGCAGGAGCAGCUCACUCGUGUGACUGCCAUCCUGUCAGAGAGGGAGGGAGAAAUGAAGUUGUACCAAGAGCAGAUGAGAAUGUUGGAAAAGCAGAAAGAAAUGCAUAAAACUGCUCUUAAUCAGGUUAUUAAGGACAUAACAGAGAAAGAACAGAAGACAGAAUCCCAGCAGGAACAGAUACAGGAGCUGGAGAAGCAGCAAGAAAAGCAAAGGAUCGUUUUUAACAAAAUGAGCCAAGAGCUGGAAGAGAAGGACCACGAGAUCAGAUCCCAGCAAGAACUGAUAAGGGAGCUGGAGAAGCAGUUAGAAUUGCAGAACUCUACUGUCAGCAGGGUGAGCAAAGAGCUGGAGGAGAGACACCUGGAGAUCAAAUUCCAGGAGGAAAAAAUAAUGAUUCUAGAACAGCAUGGUGCAGUACAAGUCAGAAAUCUGCUUGUGGAUCUUGAUGAUAUGAAAGGGAACCUGAAGGAGAAAAGGUUGGAGCUUCUUUCUCUGACUCAGCAGAUUCAAGAACUGGAAAAGGAGAGAGAAGAUGUGAAAUCUCUAAAUGCUAGCCUUGAACACCUGAAAACUGUUCUUAAGGACAGAGAGAGUGAGUGUGACGCUCAAAGGGAAGAGUUAAGGCUCUUGCAGCAGCACAAGGAACAGCAAGAUAGGCAUCUGCAAGAGCUUCUUGGUAAAGUAGAAAUCAUGACACUUUCUUUAUCUAAAAAAGAUCAAGAGCUUGAGUCGCAACAAAAGCAAAUGCAGGAAGUUGAAGAAGUCAUGGAAAUGCAGUUAAAAACUACUCGUGACCAACUGGAGCAAACCUUAGCAACCUUAAAAGAAAAAGACAGACUUAUGGACAUCCAAAAGCAACAAACAAGGAGCUAUGAGGAAAAAAAAGAGGAACAGAUUAAUGUCUUGCACAGAGACUUAGAAUACUCUAGGACAGUAUUGAAAGAAAAAGAUUUAAUGAUUGAAUCUCAGAAGGAACUGAUUGAGACCUUCCAAAAACAAAAGCAAGACUCUGAACAGCAGAAGCAAAUUCUGCAGUGUCUUCAAAUGGAACUAAAGGAAAAAGAGGAGGAAAUUUUUUCCCUUAGAAAGCAAUGUGAGGCAUUUAAGGAAAAAGAGGAAAAGCAUGAAGCUGAGCAAAGAAAUUUCCAUGCAACAACACUGACUCUGAAAGAAAAAGAAGACAAGAUUUGUGUUCUGGAGGAUGCCAUCACAAAGUUUCAACAGCAGAAGGAAGAAACAGCAGUACAGACUAAAGCCAUACUGCAGAAACUAGAACAUGCUGAAUCUUCGCUUGAAGCUAGAGAUCAAGAGAUAGUGUCUUUGCAAGAGCAUGUCCAGGACCUUCGAGAGCAGAAGGAGGUGGCAGGCAAGCAGGUCAGAAGUCUAGAGCAGGAUCUAGACAAAGCAAACCAGAUUUUGAAUAAGAACCAUCUGGAGUUCCUCAAGCAGACAGAGCAAAUGAACACGUUCCAGCUUCGUGAAGAAAGCAUGAAAGUAGCACUAACAUCAUGCCAGAAGCAAGUGACUCUACUUGAGGAAGUGGUGAGGAAGAAAGAUGAGGACAAUGACGCUCUUAGGCAAAAACUCCAGCAUGCAGAAGAAGAACUGAAGACUUUGCAGAAUCUCCAGCUUAGGCUAACUGAGAAGAAUGAAGAGGUUAGACAUGAUGGAGAGCAAGAGUUCCUGAAAGAAGCUUUCCCUGAGAGAGAAGGAGAGAUCAAGGCUCAAAGUGAGCGAAAGCAGUUAGAAGUGGAAAUAAGAGCUCUUCAGGAAAAUCUCCAGCAUGUUCAGCAGACUCUGACAAAGAAGGAUAAAGAGAUCAAGUACCAGACAGACAGAGUCAAGUAUUUAAAGAAGACUCUGAUAGAGAGAGAACAAGAGCUUAGGAGGCAGAGUGAACUCCUGAAAGAAUUAACAUUGGCUUUGCGAUGGAAAGAUGAAGGGGAAACCCUAAAGAUACAAAUCCAAAAACUCCAAAAAUGGGAGGAAGAGGAAGUAGAGAAAAUUCUCCAGGAGAGAGACCACCUCUUGCAAAGGCAGAAGAAAAUUACCCAACAGUUAGAAGCUGAGAGGGAAGCCAAUGGUGAAGAGUUGGAGUGUGUGGCUGCUGCUUUGAAGCAGAGAGAAAGCAGAGAACGUGAAUGGAGAGAGAAUGCUCAAGUCCUGAGUGCUGCACUGAGCAAGAGUGAAAUGGCCAAUGGGAAUCUGAAGAAAGAAAUAACCAUCCUGCAGAGAAUGAUUUCAGAGAGAGACACAGACAGAUUUCAUCAACAGCAGGCUGUUGCUGAAGGGGAGCAGCUGUCAUGGCUGUCAGAGAAGAGACUCAUGUUGCAGAGCCUGGAAUGUUUGCAGCGAGCAGUUGCAAAGCUGGAAGAUGAAAAGGUGGAGCUCAGGCAACAAAACACUGAACUCAGGAGGACUCUCGAGCAGGUGGAACAUGAACGGAGGAGACUGAAGAGAUGUUUUAGGGGUCGGUUACUCCCAGAUGCCUCUGGAAUUUCUCUCUCCGAGUCUGACCAGUGCAAGUUGCCUGCUUCCAGACAGGAGGAGUCUCAUGCUCACUGCAGUCAGCGCUUAGCUGAGUUACAGAACCAGGUGUCCCUGCUGCAGUCACAGCUGGCCCAAGACCGAGAGCACCGGCAGAAUUACAUUGAGAGCUGUGCAAGGACCAGCCAGGAGCUGUCAAACCUUCACCAGGAGCUGUCCUGCUCCUUUGCAGCUGUGCUCAAGGAGCCCAAAGCUGCUGUUCUGGAAGAAGAGACUCGGAAGCUGGAUCGGUCUCUGAACCUUAACUCGGCACUGACAUCCCUGAGCCAUCAGUCUCUGGAGAGACAGCCUGAGCAUCCAAGAGCCAGACCUGCCAGAAGCAAUGAUGACCUGAGGUAACAGCACCUCUGGUCUCCAUUUGAAUGGAAUAAUUUCUCCUAAGACAAAGAGCUCAUGGAUGUGAGAAAUGGGAUCAGCUCCUCAGGGCAGGGCUACUCCCUGCCUUAAACAUCUGUUGGUCUCACAUUCAUCUGGUGUCAAACCUCACCUUAUGUUGAGGAUUAGGAUCUAUGAAACGUUUUUUCAAUGAAGUAGAUGAUUUUUGGAACCAAAAUGUGAAUAUGUGAGAACAACAACAUAGGUAAGGAGAGAGAAUGAUGUAUGGAGAAUGAAGCCCUAACACAAAAUGAAUAAUCCUUGAACAGUAAGACUUGUGGGUGACAUCUGUCCGAGGACAGCUACUUAAAAUAAAAGGACACAAAGAGUGCGCUACAAAGAAUUAAAGGAACAUAACAGUUUGUGUUGUUUGCAUUUGCAAGCAUCUCCUAGGGACAGGCAUUUUAAUUUUAAUAAAACGUUUUUCAGAAGAAAA